AUCCUCCGAAUCAUUCAAAUUUUGCAGCCCGUCUGCUCAGACAAUUCCAACCAAGCCGACAUGAACCUCCUCACCCUCCUCCUCGCCGCAACGGGCGCAAUGGCCGCCUGCACAAAAGAAGGUCCCAUCAACAACCUCUGCAGAAAGCCCGCCGGCUCGACAACUGGUACUUGCCGAGCACUGUGGCAACCAAAGCAAGGAUGCAGAUACGAGAUACUCGAUCAGAACCAAGGGUGCACGAGCAAUUCCGAAUGCCAGUUCAACAUUCUUUGUGGAGAUUGCCCGUAGUGGUGCCGAGAAGCGAUGGUGAUGAAGGAGAGCGAUAGUUGGAGCGAUGCAGUGCAAUAAAAUUGUCACCAGGUACAAGCAGAGAUGAGCAACAAGAAGAGCAAGGAAGAAGAAACAGUCCAUAAUAUGAGUGUGGCUCGAUUGA